UUGAUAAAUAAUUGAAAACCCGAUGAUCAACCACUUAUGACGUUUAAUAAAAAAUUCUGUAAUUUUUUUAGGAUCUAGACAAUAUCAACAAUGAAUAUUUUCCCACAAGAAAUCUUACUAAUCAGAACGCAGGUGCGAGUUCUGUUGACGAAAACAGUGAUGACAGUGAAUCAGACGAUAUUUCAACCGAUUUAGAUGCCCGGGUACACAUGUUUGUUGAAAAUCAGAUGUACGGCGAUUUAUCUGAUGACAACGACAAUGAGGGGGGAGGGACUGUCAACUUACCCCAUGAUCCUUGCACGGAAUAUGUGAAAUUACGAUCUUUAAUUGAAAAGGGAUGCGGGUGUGCGAAAAACUGUAUUUCUACAUUUACUUUCUCAGACAUCAGAGAACACGCCAUUUCCUUAUCUGAGAUGACAAGAAAUGAAAAAGACUUUUAUAUUAUGGCGAAGUUAAAAAUAAAAUCUAAAUGUAGACAGUCAAAAGAUGGAGAUUCAAUUAGAAAACGUCUUCGGUACAUUAUGAAUUUAAGGAUGUUGAAGUUUGUCGACAAACGUUUUUGAUAACACACGACAUUGGCGAGUUUGCAUUGAAAUCUGUGAUACAUCAUCUGAUCACAAAUGGGUUGGUUUCAAGAACUCAUGGAAAUAAACAUAGGCGGCCUAAGAAUGCAUACAGUUUUGAUGUUUUGAGGGAUGUUGCUCAGUUCAUAUGUAAUUAUGCCGAAGAGCAUGGUCUGCCUCAGCCGGCAGCAGUCAACAGGAAUAUCGGUGGACACAUUCUUCUACCAUGCAGUGAAAGCAAACAGUCCUUGUACAGAAUAUACAAAGACGUUUGUAUCGAUAAUGACAAGACAGCAGUAGGGCUAACGACGUUCAAAGGCAUCUGGCAGAGUUGCUAUCCAAAUAUAAAAUUCAUGUCACCCAAGACUGAUGUAUGUCCUGUCUGUGAACAACACAAAGAUCACAUUCAAUCGGCCAUGACAGAAAACGAUAAGUUAGCUGCUCUAGACAAAUAUAGUGCACAUCUGAAUGAAGUGAAAGUAGAACGACAGUUAUAUAACCAGUGUGUCACUAAUGCGAGAACUGAGGUAGCUGAGCAACCAGUCCCGGUACAGGCAGCUUCGCCGAUGUCAACAGAGCUUAACAAUGUCCAUUAUACCUUCGAUUACUCGCAGGCCGUAUCCAUCCCGCAUCAUGUUUGUCAAGUUGGACCUCUCUAUUUUGCUACACCUAGAAAGAUUCAGUUGUUUGGAGUUGCUAUGGAGGGUAUAAAGAAGCAGAUCAACUUUCUAGUAGAUGAGGAUUCGACACCGGGGAAAAACGGAACACAUGUCAAGGGCGCUAUUGGCGUAAUUUCCAUGCUUCAUUAUUGUUUUGAGAAUUUUGGUCUGGGUGAAAAAGAAUGCCACUUACACUGCGAUAACGCUUCAGGGGAAAACAAAAAUAAAUUCAUGUUGGCGUACUUACUUUGGAGAACGCUGAGUGGCAAGCACUCCCAAAUACAUUUGCACAUGCAAGUUCCAUACCAUGGCAAAAGCUUAGUGGACGCUGGAUUUGCUUACAUAAAAAAAUUAUACAGAAGGUCAGAGGUUGAUUCAUUGGAUCAGUUAGCAUCCGUAGUCAGAAAAAGCGCGACAUCUAACGAAGUGGUUGUGUUCGGUGGUGCUGAUGGAGAAUGGCUGGAUUGGAAAACAUUUGCAUCCAACUAUUUCAUCCCCUUCAAGGGUAUUAGAAAAUUCAGACACUUUGCUUUCCAAGCAGAUAAGCCAGGUAUUGUUGUAGCUAAAGAAGUGCCAGACUCACCCGGAACAGAAUUAAAACUGCUGAAAGCAGGCGUGGAUAUAGAUGCCAUCCAGCCUCCAAGAGUCAUCCCCGCAGCUGGUUUGACCAGAGAGAGAAUACAAUACCUGUUUAAAUUUAUUAGACCUUUUGUCAGGGCCCCGUAUAAGGAUGUAGUCGCCCCCUCACCCAACGCCCAGGAAGAAUAAAAGACUCUUAAAAACAAGCCUAUUUUGAAUCUGUCAUAAUCUAGAUAAUUGUUUGAAUGUUGAUAUAUGUAUACAUACCUAUAUAUCAGAUGAUAAAAAAAAUCUUUACUCAUGCAUUUUGAUUACGUUUAAAACAGUCAAAACACGUAACGAAAUACAACGUAAAUUUCCAAAAAUCAUGACGUCAAACGACUCGGUGCAAGUUUUUACCAAGUUUGAUGGAGAUUUUUGAUGUCAUUAUCAUUGGAUUGUAACGGAAUGCUACAUAUCAACAGAAAGAGGAGAAAUUCCUCUUUCUAGAACAUUUAAAAAGUGAAAAGGUGAUAUUUUUCACUUAAGGGUGGU